AUCAGGGAAGGGGGAGUAUGUGAACUGUAUCCUGAGUUGCAGUCCUGUGCCUGCAUUCCUCUCAUCUAGGAUUAGCUUGAAAGGGGGGAAAUAUCAUAAAUAAUAACAGACGCAGAUUGGAAUACGGCGCUGAAGCAUCUGUUUUCAAUCAGGACUAACAUUUUAAAGGGCGUGAAAUCCCUGGAUGAUCGCAGAACUGGAUCUUUUUUGCUUUACGUGAGCCGUCUACAUAAAGGACAUACAAAUGAGAGGAAAAGUAAACAGAUACGUCGUUUUUAAUUCGCGUUAAACAGGAAAACAAGAUGGCUGAUGAGCGAUAACAAGGGCCAAACGAUAUCGUCUCUUUUAAGAGCAACAAAGGUAUCUGGCUUUAAUACAUGAAUAUUUUAGGCGAGUUCGCUUCGUCAAAUUAAAAUACAUGACAUUAGGCUCUAAAAAUGAAUGCAAUCCGUCUCUGGUAAGUGCGGCCAGGUAAACAUCAGGCGAAACAUGGACAGGGAUCAGGUUGAGGAUCAUUCUGUAAUGUUUAACCAACAUAGAUAGCGAGAGAAUAGCUUUGAUAAUGAUAAAAUCGCAGCUCUUUGUGGUUUAAUGCUACGAGAGCAUGUUGCCAUACAUGUAUACGCGUCAAUUGUAUGUUCAUUUAAAGUCGUGUCACUAUAAUAGAUAAAAUAGUCUUUCUAGUUCUACCGGCUGCCUCUCUUAUAGUUGCAGGGAACAGAAAUCCUAUCGAUAUAGUGUUACACGAGCAGCACAGAGGCUCAGGUCUACUUUAUUAUAAUUCCAGCAGGGCAAAUGUCAUGUGCCCUGGGCACAAAUCAAAUGCGUGAUCGACUGCUUCAGUGAAUGACUGUAAGUUACAGCUGCUUACGAAAGGACGUUUUCAGCGCUUCGAGAACUUGUGGCGCCACCCUUUUCCUGUUUUAAACUCAGCAAAAUACUACAUGCUUCCGACGGUAAGGCAUUUUCAUGUGGAUUUAACUGAUCUUAUCUUGACUGACACUGGAUAUUAGACGAUGUCGUAGCCUUUAACUAGUAGUUUAGUUAUCUUUCAGCGGAUAGUCAGGCAUCUGUCACUGAGACAUUUAUCGCGUGCUCCGUCUGUCUCUGGGGUUUGAUUUGGGUGCCAUAAUUGGAAAUACACUGAUAAUUGGUUUGACCGAUACUUUUUUUAACACAUAUUCAAGCUUCUACUCGGUUAUCGGUUGUUUUGACCGAUAAAUGGCUUAAUUUACGGUGUCUCUGAAGAAUAGCGUCCGAUAACGGUAUUUACAGGUAAAGUAACCGUUUUUAAUAUAUUGCUUGGAUUUCUUUUUUAAAAUAAUAGUCAUUCAUUCAGAAGGGAGAAAUGUGUAGCCCAACACAAAGACGAAAGUAAAUGUGCCACUAUUUGGAUCACAAACAACUUUGCAUACAUUAAAUUACUAUUAUUAUUGUGGUAAUAAACUAUUCAUACUGCGUUUUAUGCUUUUAUUUAGUUCUCAGACUGUCAAAAGCUAUUACAAAUCGGAUAUAAAGUUCGUAAAACUAACACCGUGGUUAUAAUGAUUUUUCAUAAUAGCAUUUUAGAUUAGUUGAGCAAUUUUCUGUAAUGUUUCGCUCGCCCUAAAUUAUCACCAUAAGUAGUGUUCUUUUGUCGAUAGAUUGUCGAAGUUUAUCUCGUUAAUAGAAAGAACCCUGAACGCCAGAUUCCUGCUUUCACGCCCGGCUGUGGUAUUUGAUUGCUGACUAACUUUGCCAGGAGCAGAAACGCUCCCUUGGCAUGUUUGGGUCUGAUCAACAGCUGUUUCUCUGGGGCUUCUGUGCUCGUAUGGUCUUCAUCUACUGACCUAACACUUGGAUCUAAAUGAAGGAGUCACGAGAAUGAGCGAAACCUUGUUGGGACGGUGCUAGAACUUGAUGUUUGCCUUCUGCGAGCGGAUCAACUCAAAACUGGAUGUCUGAUCAACUGGUUGAGAUGGCUGAGAACUGGCGGAACUGCUUCGAGGAGGAGCUCAUUUGUCCCAUUUGUUUGCAUGUGUUCGUGGAGCCCGUGCAGCUGCCGUGCAAACACAACUUCUGCCGGGGCUGCAUCAGCGAGGCCUGGGCCAAAGACACGGCCAACGUGCGCUGCCCGGAGUGCAACCAUGCGUACAACCAGAAACCAAACCUGGAGAAAAACAUCAAACUGACUAAUAUUGUAGAAAAGUUUAACGCGCUGAACGUCGAGAAAGCUCCGGCCGUAUUGCAUUGCAUUCUGUGUAGGCGAGGGCCUCCUCUUCAAGCGCAAAAAGUGUGUCUUCGUUGUAAUGCACCGUGUUGCCAGUCUCACAUCCAGACGCAUCUCCAGCAGCCCUGUCCCGCUCCUGGACACCUCCUGGUGGGGGCUGAGGAGGUCCGGGCCUGGAGCUGCUCGCACCACGAUGAGUACAGACUCUAUCACUGCGAUGUGGAACAGGUGGCGAUCUGCCAGUACUGCUGCUUCUCCAGAUGUGCUCCCAACCACGGGCAUGCGGUGUGCGACGUGGAAGUACGACGCAAUGAUAUCAGGCAUAUGCUAAUGAAGCAGCAGGAUCGCAUUGACGAUCGAGUGAAAGACAUCGAGGAGCAGCUGUAUAAGUUAGAGUCUGACAAACUACUAGUGGAGGAUAAGGUACGGCAGCUGAAGAAGGAGGUGCGUGUGCAGUAUCACAAAAUGCACCAGCUCUUAGAAGAUGACCUGGGGAGAACUCUAGAGGUGCUGGAUAAAGCACACUCCAAAUACUGCCAGGAGAACUCGACCCAAACCCUCCAGCUCAAUGAACGCCGUCAGGAGGCCAAGAAACUGCUUAGCUCUGUCCAAGUUGUGUUUGACAAGGCAGAGGAUAUUAACAUUAUGAAGAACACAAAACCAGUGAAAAUACUCAUGGACAGAUCACAGUCAAGCACGGGCAGUGUUCUGCCUCCUUGCAAAGUGGGUCAUCUUAAUUCCAAAAUAUUCCUGUCUGAAGUCUCAAAAAAGGAAAAGAACUUGCGAAAAAUACUGGAAGCACCAUUCAGUACUCCUGCGCACUUCCUCCAGAGCGUUUCUGUCCACUCCUCCAGUGUGAAUACCUCCGGGGUUGAGAAACGCAAACACUCCACGGCCUUCCCUGAAAGCAGCACCAGCCUGCUGGAGUCCUCGUCAGGCCCCAUGAGCAAACAGCAGUUCCUGGGUCAAGGUUCCAACUCCAUAGACGGGCCGGCGUCGCAGCCGCCCAUGGCUCCCUGUAGCUCCACCCAGCACAUUGUAGGCCUCAGCAGUAGCAGCAGCGCCCAGUCUGUCCAUCAUUCCAGCUCCGUUUUUACUCCUGCUGACUACCCCAACCCCAGCUCGUCCCAGCAGGCCAUGCUGCCGCAGUACGGCGGCCGUAAGAUUCUCAUGUGCACGAUGGACAACUGCUACUGCUCUAGCGUCCCCUCCAUAUCGAACCACCAUGGCCAUCCUCCCUACCCGCGCUCGGGAUCUUUCCCUUGGACACAGGACUACACCCACCCCCUGCCCUCCACGCCCUCAAUGUCCCAGCCUCUCCAGGGGCUCUCCAUGCACGACUGGAUUGACGCCUCACAGAGCCACAGGCACCCUGAUUUCUAUGGAUUGUACGGCCAAUCUUCCACUAAACCAUACGUCACCAGUUAACUUCCCCUGCAUCUCUGGUUUAUCUCCAAUAACUCGCCCAUUUCCUUAAGGUUCGGUCACAUUUGCGAAAUUUUGUGUGCAAAAACAAGUCCAUUGUCAAUAGCAUAGAGAUGAAUGAAGCACAGCUCACACAGAAGUCAGUUUCAAACCAGGCGAAUCUGCAUGACCAACUUGAACAUGAGCGAAAUCUGUGUGGGGAAUUUUUUUGCCCUUGCAAGAAAUUCCCAAUUGCGUGGAUUCCUAUUGGAAUGACUGGAUUUCGCCUGCAAAAUUUUGCCAAACAACAGCAAAUGUGACCGCACCUUUAGACCUUUUUUCCAGCCUGUCUUUCGAAAUCAGGCUUAUCAUCACAAUCAAAAGGACAGCACUUUUUAGCAUGCAAUGCAAGCCUCUCGGCUUCAAAACACUGAUCUCUUCCAACUUAAGCAUUAAAACCUUUUCUGUCCCAGUGUAAAACAUGAUAAGGGAAUCUUUCUUUGAGAAAUGUGGAGGUGGGAC